AUGAACGCAUCCGCAACUUUCCCGAAGGCCGCGGCCCUUCCCGCGCGCCUUCUCCGAACACCCCAAUGUGCGAAGCAGACGGCUAGUUCUGGCAUCUGUUUUACGACGCAGGAGCGAGGCUAUCAUGCGGUUACAUCUACUUCUUCCGCUAGGCGGCUGCGGGAUGGUCGCAAGCCGAAAGCCUCAUAUAUGAUUGCAGCUAGGGUACGCCACCCCUGUACUCUCCUUACUUUUCCACGUUCCAUAGCUAAUCAUCGACAGCCCUUUCACACUACCUCUCAUCUCUCGGCGAUGGCCGAUCCUUACAAAGUCCUCGGUGUUGACAAGACCGCAUCGGCCAGUGACAUCAAAAAGGCGUACUAUGGGAUGGCCAAGAAAUAUCAUCCGGAUACAAACAAGGACCCUAGCGCCAAAGAGAAGUUCGGUGAGGCUCAAACAGCCUACGAAUUGCUUUCUGACGCUAAGAAACGCGAAAACUACGAUCGGUUUGGCUCAGCUGCGUUUGACCAGAAUGGUGGAUUCGACCCCAACACCGGAGGCAAUCCGUUCGCUGGUGGAGGUGGUUUCCACGGCUUUGGUGGUGGCUUUGGAGGCAGUCCGUUUGGAGGUGGUGGCUUUUCUCAGGAUAUCAAUUUCGAGGACCUCUUCGGUGCCUUUACUGGCGGUGCUCGUCGGGGCCCUCGUGGCCGGCGCAAUCCGUUCCAGGAGCAGAUCCUCGUGGGUGAAGAUAUCGAGGUGCAGAGCAACAUCUCCUUCAUGGAUGCUGCCAAGGGUACAUCGCAGGAUAUCGUCAUCACUCCCUUGACGAAAUGCGUACCGUGUAAAGGUGAAGGAUUGAAGACAGGCGCGAAACGGACCCAGUGCAAGCAAUGUAAUGGGUCUGGAACUCGUGUUCAUGUCAUGCAGGGAGGUUUCCAAGUCGCCGCUACUUGCGACGCCUGUGGAGGUAUUGGUAUGAUUGUGCCCCGUGGUUCCGAGUGUGGUACUUGCCAUGGAAACGGCGUUGUCCGGGAAAAGAAGACCCUCAAGGUAGAGAUCCCUGCUGGAGUGGAAGAUGGCAUGCGCAUGAGAGUUACUGGUGAAGGAGAUGCACCCCCGGCGGGUACCACUGCUGCUGCUGGCGCUCGCACCCAGCCUGGAGAUCUUUACGUCACCAUUCGAGUCGCUCCGGAUCACCGCUUCAGCCGCUCUGGCUCGGAUAUUCUUUACACUGCCUCGAUUCCACUCACGACAGCUCUUCUUGGUGGAGAAGUGACUAUCCCAACUCUUGAUAAUGAGGUCAAGGUCAAGGUUGCCACUGGUACCGGUACAGGUGAUCGAAUCACUCUAUCGGGGAUGGGUAUGAAGAAGCUGGGCGGUGGCCGCUCACGCUUCACCCCCACAGGCGACCUCAAGGUCGAGUUUAAGGUAACCAUGCCAAGGUACUUGACUGGCAAUCAGAGAACCAUUUUGGAGGUCCUGGCCGAUGAGAUGGGCGACAAGACGGCUCGACGCACGAUGAAUUUUAGCAAGGAUAGGUAA